AUGACAGCAGUGAUGAAUGGAUAUCUGGACCGGGUUCCGCGAUUCAAGCAUCUAAGAAUUUCGAUAUCCGAUAAACGCACUCGAGAAUGCUACUCAUCCAUCCAUGAUGCAAUAAGCAACCUUGGGCGAGCAGUACAGCUGGGCCAGCAUCGCCGGCUGAUUGACGCCCUGGACGAGACCUUCAGUGCCGAGACACUCGAGGCGAUUGCCGUGGAAUCUUCCACAAAUAAGGAGCUGUGCGCUGCGCUCAGUGUGUACCUGACUACUCUUGAGCAAACGUAUGCUUGGCCGAGGCGUGGUACGGUCGCGACACCGCGGGCUCUUUGUGAUCAUAAACUCAUCGUUCAAGUCUUGUAUCAUGAAGAUCUUGCAGCAGUCCUGUCCCAAAGACGCGGGCUGGCCACCGAGACACGCGGGAACCCCGUUCCAUUGUCAGGUUUGGCGUUGGCUAUGGCGAACGAGCUGCUCCAGCAUGCGGAAGAAGCAAGAACAAAAAGCAUUCCUCUGCCACAGGCGGUACAAGACCAAGUCAAUAUGCUGUUCCGCAACUGCAGCCAGGACUGGUACUCGCAGGGCGAUUAUCGACACGCCGGAUCCCACGAACAAUUUGGAAGACUGCACGAGGUGAUACGGACCAACGGCACGCAACGCUCAGUGCAGGAAAUAUUCCAGGACAAUGGGGGCAUCGGGUAUCUACAUACGAUACACGCUCUCCUCCACGACAUGCCCGGCGCGACCGGCGGGGUCGUCCGCGCCCUGCAACAACUUCAGACGAGUGUUUCAUUGGCGGGAGAAGAGCUGUUUGGCAUGAUGAUUGACGAAGUCAUCUGGGGCCAAACGUUUGCCAAGUUCUCCAAGCCAGUUGGCUACGCAUCGCUCGGCGCUGGCGGCGCUGACUGCCCCAUGUUUCGAAUGCUCGAUGCCCUCUGCGGAAGACACGACCCCACGGCCGCCGACGCGCUCCUAGAAGAACUAACGAUGCGGUCGCGGAAUUUCCCUCCCAACAUUCGGUCCCUGAUCCACGAUGUUGCAUCUGCACCGUCGCUUCGGGCUCUGGCAUCGUCGAGCAGCGCCAGCCCGGAGCUGCGCCAUUCAUUUGCGGUCUUCCAGCAGCUGAUGUACAGCUUAUAUGAGAUGCACCGGAAGAAGGCGCUGAGGAUUGUGCUCGCUUUGCGGGCGGGCCAGCUGUAUACCUCCUCGGGAACGGAAAAGGCAGCGUCCCCGGAACGCCAGCUCGCGGCGACGCUGCAGUCCGCGAUGGACGUGCGGUUCGGCACCGACGCACUUAGCCGGACAAUACCUGCCUACGGUAGGGUUGUCUCCCGCAUACUAAGUUCUACGGGUCAUGUCGAAUCUGCCAGAAUUCGUUUCAGAUUCGAUACGCCAAUCGUCGUAGGCGCAGGUGACGCAGUCAUCAUCACUCCUGUGGUUGGCGGCAUCAGAGAGUCGAGAACGUAUUCUGUUACCAGAUUCAGCCCCUCCACUGACAAUGGAUGCAAUGAACAUGUUGUUUUAUCUCCAACUACUUCUGUUGAAAUUUGCUGCCGCAACAUGGGGGCUGUUUCGUCAUUUCUGUGCUCGCAACACGGCGACUGUACCGUGCGGCUGGCACUUCAACCGAACCCUCACUUCCGCAUAUCAGGCAACGAGAGCGCCAAAGAGAGCACCUUGUUUAUUGCACAAAAUGGCGGCGUGGGACUGUUUUGCGCGUGGCUCUCGAGACAAGCGAGACUGGUUGGAAGAUACAUGCUGCUCGUGGGCGUGAGGCGACUUGAUGAACUGUUGUAUGCGUCGGACAUUUACGAUUGCGCCGAGAAAUUCGGCAAUCAGCUCCAAGUUAUAUUUUGUCUCUCUCAACCAAACUGUGGCGAUGUGCAGCACGUCAAGUCUAGAGGUGUUUGGCCCUUUGCUGGUAGGGUUGUCAAGUUCCUUGCCAGCGAACCUCUGCCGCCAGCUAGAGCGACAUAUGUUUGUGGCUCAGCAGAGUUUGGUAUCGUCGUUGCCAAGGAGAUCAAAGGAGCGCGUUUGGCCAAGAAGAGUAUCCUCAGCUCUCGACUCUCACCGAUUGUUACCUCAAAGAUGCCCAGCUUGCGUCUUCACGUUGCUUCCUCCUCGCGGGCGGCGCCGAAGCGCAAGACGACACUUCGUCCCAUUUCACGGUGGGAACUGGCGCGCCACAAUGCACCAGGCGAUAUCUGGAUAUCGUUGAACGGGGUCAUUUUGGACAUUUCUCUGUUGUCGACUUUUCACCCUGGAGGAGAAAAGACUUUGAUGUGCCGCGCAGGUCUCGAAGCAGACGACAUGUUCAACUCGGUCCACGCAGGAAGUUUCGAAGUAAAAUCCCUCCUGAACGAACUACAAGUGGGCUACCCCCAAGAUGAAGCUCCUGGUGAGAAUGGCCUAGUCUAUCAAUGCCUGGACGCCAUUGUUCAGAUUCAAAACGACCUGACCAACUCUACACGCUUUGAGGAGCGACCGACGGGCUCCAUCCACCAACUACCACGGGUACCCCCGACAGAAGUGAUUCAGGGCUCAUGGAUCCAGUUCACAGCGUCGUGGGUGGCAAUGCUCGGCAAGCUGUCGCUAUGCGAAGAGAUGACCCAGGCGCUGUGCGGCGUCAUGGACGACUGGUUUGCGUCCAUGGCCCAGAAGCAGCGAGCAGUGUAUGAUUCGGGCUUUUACGACGUGAAGCACUGUGCGGUAGAAAUUAAACGGCUAUUUAACGCUCACGAGGAAGCAGCUACUGCAAUGCAUGGAGUAUUGGAUACCUUGAAACACGGCUUGAGGUGGGUGCGUCAUGACGAGCUGCCCAAGAUGAUGGCGAUGGCGACGCAGGAGAUUAUUCAGCAGACAAAGGAGAGAACUCAAUAG